AUGAAGAAGGGUCUAUUACAUGGAGUCAAAGUCAUUGAGAUCGCUGGCUUAGCUCCUGUUCCUCAUUGUGGAAUGUUAUUAGCAGAUGCGGGAGCUCAUGUGACUCUAAUACAGAAAUCGAAAGAAGAGAACGAAACCGUCGAGCAAAGAUUGAACAGGGGAAAGGAUUCUAUCAGAGUAGACCUCCGAACUAAAGAAGGUGUUGAAAUCGUUCGCAAUUUGGCAAAGAGCAGUGAUGUCUUGCUUGAUCCAUAUCGUCCGGGAAUUCUUGAGAAAAUGGGAUUGGAUCCUGUACAGCUAUUAGAGGAAAAUCCUAAACUUGUCGUUUGUCGCUUAACUGGGUAUGGUCAAACAGGUGAACUUAGUCAGGAAGCUGGUCAUGAUAUUAACUAUGUUGCUCUAUCUGGCCUCCUUCCCAUCUUGAGCGGUGACGAUAGGAACCCCCCUUGGCCACCAGCCAAUCUGCUCGCAGAUUUCGCUGGCGGCGGGCUCACUGCUGCAUUCGGAAUCGUGUCAGCUUUAUUAGGUCGUCAAAAUAAUGGUGGUCAGGGUUGUAUUGUUGACUGUUCAAUGGUCGAAGGAUUAGCUUAUCUUGGUAGUUUUGUCUCUCAGUACCAAGAUAUGGAACAUCUUUGGAAAAUGCCUUUCGCUGCUUUCCAAGGGAAGUGUCCUAUAUAUAGUGAGUAA